CAUAGGUCACAUAAACCCAUAGCUUAAUAGAGAGAGAAAGAGGAAGAGAGAGAAUCUACGAAAUGGUGUGGUGCCAGCUAUGAAAUUGAAGGAUCGAAGCUUUCUCAGAGGUCAAAGCUGGCAAUUUAUUUUUUUUAUUUUUUAGGUCUUUGUUCUCUCCACCACCUUCCCCUUAUUUACACUUAGAAUUUGUUUUUCAGAUUUUAAAUAGCCUACAUUUUCCUCUCCUCUCUCUCUCUCUCUCUCUCUCUCUCUCUCUCUCUUUCUCUUCCCCCUCCGUUUUCCCUCUCUCUCCUAUUCUUUUCUCCUAUAUAUCUUCUACUUCCUUUUUUCUUUUCUUUUUUGUUGUUAUUAUUAUUUUGAGCAGAGGAAAAAAUGCCAAUGCUUUGAUGGUAAAUGCUUGAUUCCUCUGCAACUUCAAAGACGUUUUAUCAACAAAAACCCCAACAAUAAUGGCUGUAACUUCUCCUUGCCUAUCUGCUAAUGAAAAGAAGCACUGGUGGCUUAGCAACAGAAAGAUUGUUGAUAAGCAUAUUAAAGAUGCUCGGGGACUCAUUGCGACCCACGAACAGAACGACAUCGUUUUGGCUCUCGGCCUAUUGGACGCGGCUCUAGCCCUCUCGCCGCGCCUCGAACAAGCUUUGGAACUGAAAGCCAGGUCUUUGCUUUAUCUCCGGCGGUUCAAGGAGGUUGCGGAUAUGCUUCAAGACUACAUUCCCAGCCUCAAAAUGGCCAACGACGACUCGGGCUCUGACGUUUCGUCUCAGCAGCUAUCGAGGGAGCGAGUCAAGCUUCUCUCCUCCGGCAACUCGUCCUCUGACUCAGCCGAUCCUGAUCCUUCUUUUAAAUGUUUCUCCGUUUCGGAUUUGAAAAAGAAAGUGAUGGCAGGACUGUGUAAAAAUUGCGAGAAAGAGGGGCAAUGGAGAUACUUGGUUCUGGGUCAAGCUUGUUGCCAUCUAGGCCUAUUGGAGGAUGCCAUGGCUCUUCUCCAGACCGGAAAACGUCUCGCCACAGCCGCAUUCCGGCGAGAAAGCAUAUGCUGGUCCGACGACAGCUUUUCACUCUCAAGUUUUCCCAUCUCCGGCGAAAUCUCAACCGCAAACCCGCCAGCCACUCCUCCUAGGUCCCUUACCGAAUCCGAGACCGUAACGCAACUUCUCGGUCACAUCAAGCUCCUCGUUCGCCGCCGCACAGCCGCCGUCGCGGCCCUCGACGCCUGUCUAUACUCCGAAGCCAUCCGCCAUUUCAGCAAGAUCGUCGACGGCCGGCGUGGCGCCCCACAGGGCUUCCUCGCAGAAUGCUAUAUGCACCGCGCCUCCGCUUACCGAUCCGCGGGCCGGAUCGCGGAGUCCAUUGCCGAUUGUAAUCGGACACUUGCGCUCGACCCGACCUGCAUUCAAGCUCUCGACACUAGAGCUUCUCUUCUCGAAACCAUCAGAUGCUUGCCGGAUUGUUUGCAUGAUUUAGAGCACCUGAAACUUCUCUACAACUCCAUAUUGCGGGACCGGAAGCUUCCAGGCCCGGCAUGGAAGCGACACAACGUCACAUACAGAGAGAUUCCGGGGAAGCUCUGUGCUCUGACAACCAAAAUCCAACAGCUGAAACAGAGAGUUGCUUCAGGAGAAACUUCGAAUGUGGAUUACUACGCUUUGAUUGGAUUACGACGAGGCUGUUCGAGGUCGGAGUUGGAGAGAGCUCAUCUUUUGCUCUGUUUGCGUCAUAAGCCUGAUAAAGCCACGAAUUUCAUCGAAAGGUGCGAGCUUUCCGAUGAUCGCGAUCUCGAUUCGAUCAGAGACAGAGCAAAGAUGUCUUCUUUAUUGCUCUACAGAUUGCUUCAGAAGGGAUAUUCAAGCGUCAUGUCGACGAUCAUGGAUGAAGAGGCUGCAGAGAAACACAGGAAGAAAGCCUCCGCUGCGUUGCAAGCGGCCCAGGCAACAAUUCAAGCCCAAGAAAAAGAACAACCCAAAAUGGAGGCGGAAACAAAUUCUGAUAUUCCUAAUACGACACCGUGUUCUGGAAAUUCAAAUUCGUCGGUUUUCCAAGGAGUGUUUUGCCGGGACCUUGCAGUGGUUGGGAAUUUGCUUUCUCAGGCUGGGUUUAACCGUCCACUCCCGGUCAAGUACGAGGCAUUGAGCUGCUAGAAAAGAUUGUGAUUAAUUUCACAAUUAAAAAAAAUUUGGAGCUUUUUUUUAAUUUUUACCGGCAAGAAAUUAAGUUAAAAUCACCAUUAGCUGUCAUUAUUAUCCCAUCUUUGUACAAAAAAAGGAAAAUUAUUAUGUUUAAAUCCUUGCCGGGAAAUUUUGUCACCUUAUUUUCUAAAUAUGCUUAAUAUCUACUACAUGUACAGAAUUUUUAAGUACCGAAUUUUUCUACUUUUGGGUUUUUGCUUUUUAGCUUAUAACUUUUUGUUGCCACCAGAUUUUUUUUUU